AUGGCGGCGCUAGCUAGCGGCUCGUCUUUGGUCGUUCCUACUGGGUGCACAGCCGCAGGAAAAUCCUCCCUCUCGUGCGCAUCGUCAAGCGUUUAUGGCCUUCCUGCCCUCCAGAUUCGUUCUAGACGUCCCUCGGCUAACGCAUCGAGCCGCAGCUUUCAGAGAAAAAAUCUGCAGAUUAUGGCAGCAACCGAUUUGAAAGAGGAAAUGGUGGAGUUUGCGAAUGCUGAGAAACGGUGGAGGACUCAGAUUGCAGAGGGCAAGGUGAAGUCACUGUCCGCGAAGGAAGCGGGGUACACUUACCAGCUGUCCGACUACGUUCUGCUUGACGUGCGACCGUCGUAUCAGCACAACAAGGCUUGGGUGAAGGGCUCGCUGUGGAUUCCUGCCUUCGACGUCGACAACAGUGCCAGCCCAGGGGUCUUGUCCCAGAAAGCCAUGACCUUCAUGAUGGGAGGAUGGUGGUCUGGAGCGUCAGUAAACAAGAGAAACGAGCGGUUCAUGGCUGACGUUGUGGCUAAAAUUCCCAAGAGUGCCAACAUUAUUGUUGCGUGCCAGAAGGGUUUGAGAUCUCUUGCAGCAUGUGAGCACCUUUACAAGGCUGGCUAUAGAAAUAUAUAUUGGCUAACUGGUGGCUUCGACACUGCCAGUGACGAGGACUUCGAGCGGGAGGGUCCUGUUCCCCUUCAGCUGGCGGGCAUUGGAGGCAUGUCUGAGUUCAUUGGAUGGACCGAUCCUCAACGCCGCCUUGCCAAAACUGAGGGAUGGCAGUACCGUGCCACCUUUUUCGGCCGACUGCUUGUGGUAUUUUUGGCUGCGGACCUUGCUCUUAUUGGGUUGCAGCAACUCAGCUCUUUUUUCCGUGAGCUUGGCCAAUAA